AUGAAACAAAGUCGGUUUUAUGUUCGCUACUAUGUUGGACAUAAAGGAAGAUUUGGUCAUGAAUACCUUGAAAUAAUAUUUCAUUCGGAUGGAUUGCUUGAAUACACAAAUAAUAGUGACUAUAAAGGAGAUGGAGAAAUUAAAAAGCAGGUAUAUGUCACUGAUAUCGUUUUAGAUCAAUUGAAAAAGAUGAUUUUGGAGUCACAUAUUUUAGAUGAGGAUGACAGGAAGUGGCCACUACCUGACAAUGUAGGAAAAUCAGAGUUAGAAAUUGCUCUGGACAGGAGACAUAUUUCAUUCUGUACAACAAAGAUACAAACUCUUUCUGAAGUCGCCAAGUCAAAAGAUCCAGAAGGUCUUAAAAACUUUUAUUAUUUGACUGCAGACCUGAAGGACAUGGCCCUAACGAUCAUUAAUAUGCAUUUCAAAAUGAAACCAAUUUUAUAUUAA